AUGCACCAAAAACCAAGCACCUCUCAAAAUGCAAGGGAAGUCCCUUCAAAGGAGAAAGAACCAAUCAAUGAGGCAAGCAAGGAGGCACCUAGAUUGUACAAGCAAUUACCGAAACCGCCUCCUCCGUUUCAACAAAUAUUUGCGAAGCAACAACAAGAAGGCCAAUUGCAAAAGUUCUAUGAUAUGUUGAAUCAAAUCACCAUCAAUGUGCCUUUUGUGGAAGCUCUUGAAAAUAUGUCGGAUUAUGCUAAAUUCAUGAAGGACUUGUGCAAUUAUCUCAAAAAUCUGGAAGACCCGGGGGAUUUUACUAUUUCUUGUGCUAUUGGGUUGACAAGCUUCGCAAAAGCUUUGUGUGAUUUGGGGGCUAGUAUCAAUUUGAUUCCCUAUGAUGUAUUCAAGAAGUUAGGUUUGGGGAAUUCUAGGCCUACCAUAAUGAAGUUGUUAAUGGCAGAUCGAACAUUUAAGAAACCACUUGGUGUCAUCGAAGAUGUCCUUGUAAAAGUGGAUCGAUUCUAUUUUCUCGCCGUCUUUGUAAUAUUGGAUUGUGAAGUGGAUGUAGAAAUUUCAAUCAUCCUUGGUAGUCCUUUCUUGGCUACCGGGCGAGCUAUUUGUGAUGUUGAAGUGGGAGAGCUCAAAUUUAGAUUGAAUGAUGAAUAG